ACUUCACUGAAAAGUUUGGCGUGACCAAGGUUGGCGGAAGUUUGCCACGUCGUGAUUUGCUUCUGCUAGCUGCCUUAUUUUUGAAAGAGGAUAGCACGUACUGAUGACCGAAAGCAGAUGCCAUUGGCUUGAGGAAAACAACGCUGAUCUGUGUUGCCCGUGUCCCCUUACAAAAUAUUAUACGAAGAUGAUGGUUGCCAGGUGACCUCUGACCUCAAGGGUCCACCAGGCCAUGUGCAGUAUGGCCUUGGACAGAAUUUACAGUUGGAGAGGUGCGGCCUAUCUGGCCACGCCCAUGUCUUGGGGCGGAGCUUUUCAGUUGUGGUUUGGUCUUGCAGUAGUAUCGAUCCUCAGAGUGACUAGCUGCGAGUCGCAAUUCACCACCCACCCAAUGCUGUUUUACAGCAGGGAUCAGAUCCCAAGCUUGCGACGCCAAGCCAGGACCACCCACAGUAACAUUGCCGGCGUGCUUGAGGAGGCGGCGCGGACCAUGCUCAGCAACCAGCGCCAUUACCUUCCCUCCUCUGACUAUGAAACCUUCGGCGGCCGCUGGAACGAAGUCUACGGCAACAACCUGGCAGCCCUGGCCAUGUACUGUGUGGUGUACCCCGAGGAUCACGACGCCAGAGAUUUCGCAUUCAAAUACAUGGAUAUCAUGGCCUCGUUACCCAAGUGGCAGGUCAUCAGUGCACCCAAGGACGAGGUUCCAGUAGCCCAUUCCUUGACGGGGUUUGUCACAGCUUUUGAUUUCCUGUAUCCAGUCCUAGGUAAAGAGAGACGUGCCUUAUACUUGGGGAGAAUCAUCGAGGUUACCGAAGAAAUGUACAAGUAUUCCAGAACCCGAAACUGGGGCAGUCAGUACAUACAGAAUCACGUAGCCACUAAUUACCUGUCAUUGCUGCACGGAAGUCUGGUUGCCUCGAUACACCAAGUGCCGAACGCGGACAAGUGGGUCCAGCAUGUGCAGGAGAACUUUGGGAAGACCAUGAGGCUUCUCAAUCAUGUCAUUGAUGGGUCGCUGGAUGAAGGCGUGGCGUACGGCAGCUACACGUCCCGCUCCGUCACCCAGUACGCUUACCUGGCGCUGCGCCACUUAGGGGUGGACUACACGCAGGAUUUGUGGAUGAAGGAGCAUUUCUGGUUCUAUUACAACACCAUCAUGCCCAACUUUGAGCGCACCGUGGGCAUCGCCGACAGCAACAGCAACUGGUUCUACGGCCCCGAGAGCCAGCUAGUCUUCCUGGACACCUUUGUCAUGCGGAACGGGUACGGGAACUGGCUGGCCCAGGAGAUACGCAAGCACCGCGUGAUGGAGAGGAAGUCACGGCUGGCGCCGUCGGAAUCGCAGCGCUGGUGCACCCUCCACACGGAAUUCCUGUGGUACGAUCCGACAGUCUCCCCUGUGGCCCCUCCCCGCAGCGGGACGCAUGACCUCCACAUGUUCAGCGACUGGGGUGUAGUCACAUAUAGCAAGGUGGACCCCAGCUUGACUGACGAUACUUUUCUCGCUUUCAAGUCCGGCAAGAUGCACGGGAGGGGGAUUUUUGACCUGGUCCAGAAAGACAUGUACGCCUCGUGGGUCAACAAAUGGAAGAGUUUCAACCCGGGUCAUGAACACCCCGACCAGAACAUGUUUGUGUUUGCCCCGAACGGACAGCCGUUCAUCACCGACGGCCUGUACGGGCCCAAGUACUCGUUCUUGAACAAUGUGAUCAUGUUCUCUCCUUCACCAACGAGUGGUUGCUUCCAGCCGUGGGAGGGACAGCUGGGAGAGUGCAAGAAGUGGUUGGACUGGCGCAAGGAGGAAGCUGCGGAGUACGGCGGGGAGUUGAUCACGGCAAGCACUAGUGACGGUAUGGUGCAUCUGAGCGGCGAGGCGGCAGACGGCUACAAUUCCAAGAUGAGACUGAAGUCGGUCUACCGCAGUCUGGUGCUCCUCACUCCCGGCCUCCUGGUGGUCCUGGACCACAUUCAGACCCGGUCUAAGUCGCCGCUGACCCAUGCUGCGGCAUUCUUCAACAACGUGGAGAAUACCUUUGAGCAGGAGCGGCUGGGGAGACUGUACGGCGCCAAGGCGACCAUCAAGGGGGAGGACUACAAGAUGUUCUGGGUCAGUCCCGAGGGCCGCAGCCCCAAAGCCUCCUUCUCCAAACAGUCUCAUCCCUCGGAGUUCAGGUCCCGCGAGACCAAUUUCGUCAAUAUCACCUUCAAAUUGAGACCCCGUCUGACACGGAUGGCCUUUGCGUUCUGCGGCCCUUCUGAAAAAAUCGUCGACAUGAGCUUCCAAGACGUCAAGGAAAAUGGUGUUUCAUUUGAGAUACAGACCGAGAAAAUGAAAUAUACGAUCAACACAGUAACAAGGCACAGUGAUCCGAGGACGCGUCAAGAAUUCCUGGGCUACCCGGGAUAUGUGUCCGUGCAAAAAGGAACACAUCUUAUCAAGUUUGGUGUCAACAGUACACUUGAAGGGACCAGGCACAAGAGACACAGAAACUGGGAUCUAUUCACCAUGAUGAGUCUCUCUCUGGGAGUGGUAAUGCUCGGGUUGGUGGUGCUGUAUUUAAUCAACCGUCGCUUCCGAAGGAUCGUCCCAAAGAACAGAAACCUCUUCCUUGGUGUGGUACUGCUCUGCUGCUUCACCCUGGUGGCUUUACUCUCUACCACUUGCCAGAGUGAGUCCUGUGACCCAACGCCGGUGGCCCACGAGACCACAGUUUUGACGCCUUCCCCCAAGCUUCCCUCGGUCGUCGUCACAUCUCUCCCCGGGUCCGGCUCAGAAAUCCUUGGCUGGCUGUUCUACCGCAACCCCGACUUCCUUCACAUAAAAAUACCAUCAGACGCGGUCAAACUGCCGGAGACCACACGCUUAAAAGUCAGCCCUUUCCUAGAUGCUUGCGUCUGGACAGAGAAAGACGUGACUAGAUUUCCUGCCCUGACCAAUAGGAUCAAAAUGCUGCGCUGGAGCAGGCAUAGGGUUUUUGAGGGAGCUAGUUGGCCCAUUCGCUCCUUUGAGGAUUUAGACCUGAACAAAUCUGGUCAUCAGCCAAUGAGCAAUAGCAAACAAAACAGUGUUUCAGAGGACGCAAUCAGGAGGAAAAUACAUGCGAAAUCAGCCGAUCAGUCCUCAGAAAAUGCCGGGGAUAUCCAGUAUAAAGUUUACCAGACCGCCGACUUUCUGGAGCACGCCGUCCGAUACCCAAACGCCCAGAGCGUGCUCCACUUCGAGAGCGGGAGCUGGGGCCUGAAGCUGCAGUGGCUGCAGGGCAUCCUGGGGGACACCAUGCGCAGCGUCCACGUGAUCCGUGACCCGCGUGGCUGGGUGGCCAACUACGUCCGUAGCAACCUGAAGCUGUACACCUUCAUGGACGUGGCCCGGCACAUCCAGGUCCUAGCCCAGCAGCUGCAGGCCCCCUGCCAGUUCGAGGGCCUGGACAGUAACCGCUUCUACGACCUUCUGGGCACCCCGCACAAGUUGCUGGCCACCCUGUGGGCAGCUUACAUGGACCAGUUGCUGGACACCGUCGGUAGCUUGAGGGGCCAGUACCGGAUUGUGAGGUACGAAGAUUUGGUGCGAUCACCCAGGAGUAUGGCAGACAACAUCUACAAAUUCAUUGGUCUCCCUCUUCCGCCAGCCAUGCAACAUCAGAUGGUCCAGGCCGCCCACUCCGGCGUCUACCAGAGCCCGCAUGAGGGGGUGGUCCUGCCGUCCGCGCUAGAUAACUGGGAGACGGAGCUGACGAUGAGACAGAUCCGAGAUAUCGAGGCCAUCUGCCAGAAGGGGAUGAAACGACUUGGAUACAGUCCAAUGGAAGUAGAAACAUGAGCAGGAAUGCUGUUGCUACGGUACAUGUACGUUACAGGUUUGAGAAUGCAUCAUUUGUUCAAAGUUACUGAUAGAACUGUGAAAAUACAACUUUGAUUUUUAAUCAUCAUUUGUAAAAUGAUAACAAAGUUCCUGAUGUUGAAACUAUGCAAGCUUGUCAAAAUCAUAAAUGUUCACUCUUGUAUCAGAGCUAGGCCAGUAGAUAUGGCCAAUGUGACGUGACACGUGACCUGUCACAACAAAAUGAGAGUCAAGUCACAUCCCCCUCUUUCCUAUUUUGAGGGUUCAAAGUCAUAUUGAAGU